AUGUUAGUAGAUACCAAGCUUGGAACAAAGGGUCUUAUAGAUGCAACUUAUCCAUCAUUGGUCCUAAAUUAUGCUAUUGCUAAUUACUUACAAGAUAAGGCAAUACUUGCCCCAACUAAUGAACAAGUUAAUACAAUAAAUGAUGAAAUUCUUGAACUAAUCCCAGGUAAGGUAAAGACUUACUUGAGUUCAAAUGCCAAGCUAACUGGCGAUGAAAAGCAAAAGAAGAAAGAACUUUUCUAUACUACUGAAUUUUUGAAUUCUCUUAAGACUUCUGCACUACCAAAUCAUUGUUUGAAAUUAAAGGUCAAUGUACCAAUUAUACUGCUACGAAAUAUAAAUCAGAGAGUAGGCCUCUGCAAUGGAACUCGUCUUAUCAUAACAAAGCUUGGUCAGAAGGUUUUAAAAGCGGAAAUCAUUAUCGGGUCUAAUAUUGGGAAAGUAGUUACCAUACCUAGAAUCAAAAUGUUCUCUGAUAAAGGAGAGCUACCAUUUAUUAUGCGCAGGACACAAUUUCCAAUUAAAUUAGCAUUUGCCAUGACAAUAAACAAAAGCCAAGGACAAACUCUUAGUAAAAUUGGCAUAUGUCUACAAACACCAGUUUUCUCACAUGGCCAGCUCUAUGUUGAUGUUUUGAGAGCAACUUCAAGGCAAUCCUUAAAAUUCUUAUUGGGUGAGCAAACUGAUAUGCCACUGAAUUAUACACAAAAUAUUGUGUAUAAAGACGUCCUUCAAGAAGUUAUGGAACAAAUUGUUGCAUCUAAUCCAAUCAAUGAAGAAACAUGCUCAAAGUACAUUUACCUUACUAUUUACAUGAUUAUAGCAGCAACAGCUGUUGACCAUUUUACCCUAACAACUGAACAAGUGACAAAGCAUAAGGAAAGAGCAAACAAGAGAAAGGUAGAGCAAGAACCAAAAAAGAUUUCCAAGCGCAACGUUAAAAAGAGGUUAGAAUAUGAGCCAAUAGCGAGAAAGCAAAACAACAAGUCAUUGCAUGAAAAAGAAAGACAAUCACUUGCUAAAGACAAAGAGAUUAUAUGCAAUAGUAUUUUUGAGGGCAUGGAUAGCACUGUUGAGGAGUAUAAUGUCAAUCUGCAAAGAGAUUAUAUGCAAUAG